AUGGACGCCUUAGUUGAUACUCUUCAGGAAACUGCCUUACCUCCUGAAUUACGCAACAUGCGAAGAGAGAACAAACAACGUUCAAAACUAUUGGCUCAACGCGAUCAGUUUGAGAAAGCUCAACGUGCGAAUCGAAAAAAGACACGCAACCCUGAUCAAUCACAUCAGAAUCAAGACUCGCAAGAGCUCAAGCAACGAACGGUUAAAUCAGAUCAAUACAGCAUCAUACCCACUCCCACUCCCACCCCCAGGGCUCAUCGUAACAAACAAACCAAAGAAAUCACGAAUAAACCGACCCUCAAUCUUGCGGUCCGCUCGAGUAGACCUAAAGAGAACGGCUGCGAGAUCCCUUUUCCAUCAUCCCCUAGCUCUGACCCGCAUCGUCUAUCACCCUCAUCCUUCCGUUUGGCUCGUUCAUCAAGUCUUCAAUCUGUAACAUGUGAAGACAAUGACCUAACACCAACAGCCAUAUCUCAUUUUUCAAAAGAUCAACACCCCUUGUCAUCUUCGACUUCCUCUACCACCCUUGCGUCUCAAGCAUCAACCUCGCCCACUACCAUCGUCCCAUCGAUGAGUGACAAAGUCCGAAUCCCUACCAUAAGUGAGAUUGUCGCGCGUUACACCGCUAAUCCUCCGAUACCUCCCUCUGCUAUCACUCACCGAUCCGCAAUCCCACUAAAUGGCACCAGAGCUAGUGGUGCUAUCCGAUCAAUAGACGAAAUCGUUCGAGAAUACUCGCCUAUGAUCGAUCAACCCUCCUCAGAAAACGGACAGCUUGGAAUGUCACAGAAAUCUGUUCACCAUUCAAAUAUUCCCCUGAGGACGUCUCAACCCCCGAGCCACGACCGAGGAGAAUCGUACGAGUCUUCGGACACUGUGUCAUCUAUCGAUUCAAUCGCCAAGGAAGCCUUGCAGUGUGUUUCCGUCCAGUCUGCUCGAGACGAUGAAUCAAACCCACACUCCAAGCAUUCCCGUCCCUUUUCAAAUCCUGACCCACUCCGACGUUCAAACCAAUCUGACUCUUCCAGACCAUUUGCGAUUCCCCCUUCUACUGAUGCAACUCCAAGUGCCAGGCAGCUGAAGAAGUCUGUCCGCGGCGAAUGUCCACCUAAUCUCGAGAGCCUGUCAUUUACUGCUCAUGCCGAUGAACAAAUUGCCAACUAUCUCCAAUCACCACGCCUCACCACUCUUUUGAGACUUAAAAAACAACCCAAUCCUCACAUGACUGUCUCAUUGGCAGACGUCGGUUCAUCUACCGGACACCCCGUCAUUGUGUUUCUAGGUUUAGGCUGUGUGAGAUAUCUAGUCGGUCUUUAUGAUGAACUGGCGGUCGCACUUGGAUUGAGAUUGAUCUGCAUCGAUCGAUGGGGUCUGGGAAAAACGACCGAGGUACCGGACGCGGAUAGAGGCUUCCUCGAGUGGUCCACCGUUGUUGAGGAGGUAGCUGAUCAAUUGAACGUGGGACAGUUCUCUAUCCUUGCUCAUUCAGCGGGCGCCCCUUAUGCACUAGCCACCACUCUCAGACUCGAUCAAAGGGUACGAGGCUCUAUUCAUCUGUUGGCCCCUUGGGUAUCGAUGACAGCUGAGAACGGUCUGAAUGCGGGUGGUUACAAGUGGCUUAAGUAUUUGCCGAACUCGAUGAUCAAGACAGCCCAGGCCGCUGAAUGGAAGAUGCAAGGUUGGAGAUUGGGUAAACCUCCUACAUUAGCUCGAACUCCAGUCGGGUAUGACAUUCGUGCACCGCUAUCCUCAAAGGACGCGUUCUCAUCUUUGCAUAACGAAGAACAAGGGUCAAAUGAAGCGGAGCUAGGCGACAAUAUGCCAGACCCUCUUCGUCCGUCUAUAGAAUCACGGCUUAGUGAUUGGAGUCGGCUCUCUUCGGAUGCCCAUUGGGCAUACUCAUCUACAACGUCAUCAUCACCUCCGAUUGACCUUCAGUCCAAUUGGAGCCAAACUCCUACAAAUGAUCAUCCUCACACAAAGGUAGACAUAUCCUUGAAUAGAACUAUCUUCAAGAAAAAAACCUCUACACAAUCGCUUCAUCAUCGUCUUCGCGGUUCACCUACUUCUCCAACAACCGUCUCGUCAUCACCCAAGGUCAAGGCGAUGAAAGGCGCGGCUCCUCUCCUGAAUCGUAACAACUCUGCUAGCACAGAUCAAGGAGAACCGAAAGUUCGUUCAAGGACGCUCAGUUCCAUGAGUGAUAAACUAGGAUAUCGUAAUUCGAGAGGUUCGUCCAAACCUACCAAGGCUGGACCUCCAUCGGCUCGCUCGGCGCCAAAAGCAAACUGGUCAACGUCGUCCACUACAAGUCAAAACCAAAGUGUCAGUUCAUAUCCUGAAUUGGGUUUAAGUCUUUUACGAGCAUCUUACUCGGAAUCCCUAAAAGGUGGAACUUCAGAUUUGAUGGCAAUUCUUGAAAGAAAUUCAAAACCUUGGGGAUUUAGUUAUAAAGAUGUGGAGAGGGGUGUUAAGAUCUGGCAUGGUGAUCGAGAUGAAAGAAUCAAUUUAAGUGCUGCUAAAUGGAUGGAAAGUGCUAUGGGAAACUGUUCGGUGAAAGUAGUAGAGGGUGGUGAUCAUAGUUUGAUGACUAAUGUCGAGGUGAUGAUGGAUGUUUUGGAAAGUAUUGCAUUAGAUUGGAAGUGAGUUAUUGGAAGGAAAAGUAUGUCGGUUGUAGAAGUAGUAAUAGGCGAGUAGACUCUAGAAGUUUCACAUUGAUGGUCUGUUUGGUGUUAUGUACAAAUUGAGCUAAACUUAAUUCUCAUUCAAUCAACUCUUUCUUCUUUCUCUAUCAUCAUCCAAUGUGAAGGUUUAUGCAUGUGUGUUUAAGGUUGUUGUCGAAACUCUUGUUAUCUCCACAUCUUCCUUGGGUCGCAUCUUUUCUUGUUUUUUAAUUUUACUGUGGCAUUUACAUUCACUCAAUCCCUCUCUCUCUCAUCGCGUAGAACAUAUCAUUAUUUUAAUCAAUUGUAGUUUUUUAUAUAUUCUUUAUAAUCUUUGUUAAUUGGUUUCCUUGCUGAUAUUCUGUUGCAUUAUUCGAACUUUCUAUAAUCGUUAUUUUGAUAUAUACUUAGCCCAGCCUUUUAUUAAUUAGACCUGGAUCUUGAAUCAGAUCACAAAGUAAUCAUUAUUGGACAGAUACUC